GAUGUGACGGAGAUGUUCGUCCUCUUGACUGUGAGUAAAGCAGUGGGGUGCGCAGUCAGCCAUUAGCUGACAAUUUCAAAGGAUUUUUUGUGUUUUUUUUUCUUUGUGGAAUUAGACAUCCGAAAACCGUUUCAAUGUACAAGGUAAAGCCGUUUAGUGAGACCAACAUAGAGGUUGACUUACCGACUUGCAUGUACAAACUACCGAGUAUCCACGCUCAGCAAACCAGCUGCAUCGAGCAUGCGCACCAGAACGGAGAGGUGGACCCAGCAGUGAAAGCUCUUGAGUCCAGACAGGAUGAGAUUAUGCGGAGGCUAUACGAGCUGAAGGCUGCGGUGGAUGGGUUGGCUAAGACUGUGACCAGCCCAGACGCAGACCUGGAUGCCACUGGCCUGACGCACACUCCUCCAAGCUGCGCCCUCACCGGUUCCUUGGACCUGAACUUGCUUUUGGGCCAGGAUCUCGGCGUUCUGAAGGACAUCGUCAUCAAUGCUAAUCCAGCCGAGCCUCCGCUCUCCUUGCUGGUCCUCCACGACAUGCUAUGCCAACGAUACCGGGUCCUGUCCAACGUACAUGUGCACUCUUCCGUCUCCGCCGUUCCCCCGGCGCUACUGUCCUGCCUGGGCCCCAGUCACCCUCAUAGCCACAAGCGGCAGGACUUCGAGCUCGGCUUCACACUCAUCUGGAAGGAUGUGCCCCGGGUGCAGAUGAAGUUCAGCGUGCGCAGCAUGUGCCCUGUGGAGGGGGAGGGAAACGUGGCACGCUUCCUGUACAAGCUGCUGGUGACUCCGCCCUCGGAUCCAUGCCAGGCCACGUUAGUGGACAGCUGGGUCGACACGGCGCUGUUCCAGCUGGCGAGGGGCGGGGCCGAGGAGCGCACGGCGGUGGUGAAGGCCCUGAACGCAGCACUGUGCCGGGGGGCCUGGCUCGCUGGUCCGGAGCUCUGCCUGGCUGACGUGCUGUGUGCCUGCGGCCUGCUGCAGUCCGGAGGGGCACCCAGUGCCCCCAGUAACGUGCAGAAGUGGCUGAAGUCCUGUGAAAACUCAGGCUUCUUCCGCUGUGUUCUCUCCUUACUGCACUGAGCGCCGGCUUCACGGGGGCUGUGAAUAAACACAUCUCUCCCAUGCA